AGUAGGCUGGCAGGCAAACGUUGGCAGCCAUUUACUCAAGUAAUCCAUUGGAACCGUUCGAGAAUGUCGUAUAUCCGAAAUUUGCUGGAGCCGCCGAAUGGCUGGACUCGCCUGAAUCGCAAUAUCAACGAAAUGAAGCGCCUGAGCAGCUGCUGUUAUUUCUUCAGCCUGAAAACGGGCUGCAAACUAAUAGCCUUAUUCGAGGCUCUGGUCAACUUGAUACAAAUGUACUGUAUCUUUGCGAAGGAAAUGGAUAUGAAUGUGGGGACUACGACAACGCAGUCAUCGGAUUCACUUUUUGUCACAAGGGAACCCGAUGGGGAAAUGCUCGGAUCCAAUACGGCAAUGCCGAUCUUCGAAUUCAACACGUAUUUCGCUAAGGCCCUAAAUUCCUUGACUAUUUUCAGGUCCAUACUGCUCAUUAUCGGCGCGGAGUGUGGUCACACCUCCUGUCUAAUCCUGUGGCUUUGCAUCACUGCCAUUACCCUGAUGCUAAGCAGUCUCAUUCAUAUUUUGCAAGAUAACGACCUGCAGAAUUUGCCGAUUCGCACUAUUUCAAUUUUUCUUGAAAUCUAUUUCUGCGCAGUGGUUCUCUCGUUGGUGUUGAAAUUACAGGAAAAACUUCGCCUUAAUGUCCAGGAAACGGAAGUGCUUUACACACACAGCGGGGAAGCUUAGUUAUAUGCUAGAUAAUUUAAUUGUACCCAUGGUUUUGCUUUAACUGGAUCAAGGUUGUACUUAUUAUAUUUUUAAGAGGCAUUCCUUAUCUUUAAAAGCGAGUACACUUAAUAAAAUUAAUAAAAAAUGUGUUAUA